CUCCCCGCGCCCGGGAUGAUGCCGCCCCCGGCCCCGGGGGCUCUCCGGCUCCUGCUGGCCCUCGCCGCGCUCCCCUGCCAAGUGACUGAGAGCCGAGGACUAAUGGAGAGUUUACAGAGAUUCUCUUCCCUGCCCACAUAUCUUCCCAUGAACUACCAGAUCUUUAAUGCUGAGGUUUCCUUCUUCCUUAAAGAAGCCAACCAGGAUAUUAUGAAGAAUUCCAGUUUGUGGUCCAGGGUGGAAUCAUUCUUUAUAUACAAAGCCACGAGCCCGCCCGUAUUGAAUGCUACUUAUGGGCCCUUUUUGGUCCAGCAGACAAUUCCUCCAGAGCUAUUGUUGUCAUCUUCUCCAUUUGGCCCUACUGAAAAAUUUACUUUUAACUGGAAAUUAAAAUCUCAUAUUCUGGAAAGCUCCAUUUACUCCGACAGACCCAAGGUGAGGACGCUGUUUUACAUCACGGGAAUGGACUGGGAGGAGUCGGACCCUGUCGAGAGCCUGCCCUGCAUCAGGAUGUUUGCUUUCCUGGAGGGGAGGGAAGCCACGACCAGCUGCCGGCUGAAGGGAAGUUUGGGAUUGGUGCGUGCGGAGCUGGAGCUGUUGCCCGACUGGCUUGGCAGCCAGUCGCCGCGCCCGGAUUUUGAGCUGGAGGACGAGGGCACGGCAGCACCAGGCACUCCCAUGGAGCUGUUUUAUCAGGCCUGCCCAGCCAGUGAUGGGGGAGAGUGCUCUCCUGAGGAUGGCAAAUGGGAAAACAACAUCCAGUUGGGGCAGGAGAGCGCCCCUGGGGCAAGCCCGGCCAUGGAGCGCAUCGGGAGCGUUAUCGUCUAUUCAACUCGGGACCCGACAAAGCAAUCUCUGGUGAAACUGGAUGAAAAUAUUGCUGUUUUGUGCCCCCUCGGCCCAGUCAGGGAAGGGGACACGGUCACCUUCUAUGUGGCCUUAACCAGUGGGUCUCUUGCACAGCGGUUCACCCUCAGAAUUAAGGCUGCACCAGGUGUGAAGGUAGCAACUGUGAGAAUCAGCGACGAAGACCAGUGGGAGAUUCGAGAAGAAAUAGACAACGGAGAAGAGCUGACCACGGCCACCCUCAUUUGCGUGGGCCACAGCCCCGAUGCAGAAAGCAGAGCAAAUGGCUCCUUCUAUGAGAUCUUGCAAUUGGACGUUGAAAUUGACAACAGCAGUGGGUUGGCCGGAGCUCAGCAAAUUACCUGGCAAGUUGAAUACCCUGGAGAAGACUCCUUGAGUGAGCUGAAGGUCUCAGAGAUCUUUGUCAGUCAGACGACAUUGGCAGGAAUCGUUCCCCUUGCAAUGGACACAGAAGUCCUCAAUACAGCCAUUCUGACUGGGAAGGCAGUUUCGGUUCCAGUCAAAGUUGUGGCUGUACAGGAGGAUGGCUCGGUGAUUGACGUAUCUGACUCCUCGGAGUGCAAGUCUGCAGAUGAAGACGUCCUAAAGGUUUCCGACAGCUGUGACUCCAUUUUUGUUAAUGGAAAAGAAAUGAAGAGCAAAGUGGACACCGUCGUCAACUUCACCUAUGAGCACUUCACCACGCAGCUCCAGGUGACGGUUUGGGUCCCUCGGCUCCCUUUGCAGAUCGAGAUUUCCGACACUGAGCUGAGUCAGAUCAAGGGGUGGAGGAUCCCUGUGGCCACUAAUAAAAGCAACAGAACCGAUGCUGUUUUGCCUGCUCUUGGAAAGCCCACCCGAGACAGUGAUGACGAUGAGGAUGAUGAAAAGAAGGGGAGAGGCUGCACUCUGCAAUAUCAACAUGCAAUGGUUCGAGUCCUUACUCAGUUUGUAGCGGAGACAGCCGACUUGGGAGGUCAGCUGACCUACAUGCUGGGCUCUGAUUGGCAGUUUGACAUCACCGAUCUCGUGACUGAUUUCAUGAAAGUAGAAGAACCUAAAAUAGCUAAAUUACAGGAUGGCAGAACGCUGAUUGGUCGAGAGCACGGGAUAACCACAGUACAGGUCUUGUCACCUCUUUCCGAUUCCAUCUUGGCCGAGAAGACUGUAGUAGUACUUGAUGACCGGGUCACUAUCACAGAUUUAGGGGUACAGCUCGUAGCCGGAUUAUCUCUUUCUCUGCGGCACAACAAAGGAAAUAAGAGAGUCAUCGUUUCAACCACAUCAGCUUAUGAUAUUCUACAUGCUCCUCAACAGGAAGCAAUAGUCAGUUCUUGGAUUUUGUUCAGUGAUGGUUCGGUGACACCGUUAGACAUUUACGAUUCCAAGGAUUUUUCGGUUGCCGUCUCCUCAUUGGAUGAAAUGGUAGUUUCAGCUCAUCCAAACCUUCAGUCCAAGUGGCCUGUUGUGGUCGCCGAAGGGGAAGGUCAGGGACCGUUGAUCAAGUUAGAAAUGAUGAUCAGUGAGCCUUGCCAGAAGACCAAGAGGAAGAGCAUUCUGGCUGUUGGGAAAGGAAAUAUUAAGGUCAAAUUUGGCCAGAAGGACUCUGACCCCUUGGGAGGCACCAAUGAUAUUGAAGGGGUGGAUCGAGAAUUUAAAGAUCCCUUCAGUAAUUCUAUAGAGAGGGAAGGGGACCAGGAGAGAGCAAUACAAGAAUGGUCCCGUCAUGGAGCUUCCACCAACCAAGAAGAAAGUAUCAAUAAAAGCACAACUCUGAGAUCUCCCGCCGCGGGGAAUGAGAACAAGUUACUUGAGGACGGCCAACUCCGGCGUAAUUCAAAUUCCUUCACCAGUUUCCCUCCACAGGUGGAGUUAACAGAGCCCAAAAACCCCAAUGACCUCUCUCUGACCUCUAGAGGUCUAACUGAUUUGGAGAUUGGCAUGUACGCCCUGCUGUGUGUCUUCUGCCUGGCAAUUUUAGUCUUCUUAAUUAACUGUGUGGCUUUUGCCUGGAAAUACAGGCACAAAAGGUUUGCUGUAAGCGAACAAGGAAACAUUCCUCACUCUCAUGACUGGGUCUGGCUUGGGAAUGAAGUGGAACUCCUAGAAAACCCAGUGGACAUUUCGCUUCCAUCAGAGGAAUGUACCUCCAUGAUAGACCGUGGAUUGCAAUUUGAAGAGAGCAACUUCCUUCUAAACGGAAGCUCUCAGAAGACCCUCCAUAGUCAGAUCCUCAGAUCAUCAGAUUAUGGUUGUGAAAAAGAAAUAAAAAACGAACCCCUAAACUCUUCUGGCCCCAAAAGGAAGCGUGUGAAGUUCACUUCGUACACCACUAUUUUACCGGAAGAUGGAGGUCCGUACACCAACUCAAUUCUGUAUGACAGUGACGAUAAUAUUAAAUGGGUUUGCCAAGAUAUGAGCCUUGGGGACUCGAAGGAGUUUAGAGACUAUAUGGAAAGACUGCAAGACAAUAUGUAAAAUACUUUCUUAUGUUUGUAUUCACCUUUAUGCCUUCUGUUUUUGGAUGGUGGAACAGUAAGUCCAGUCAGCAAUAGGAGAUGACUAAAUGGAGCCUGAUUUUGGAGGUCUAGAAGCGUUCACUUCGUAAGCAGGGAGCGGUGGCUGGCAACGCUAAAGCUGUUUCACUGUAAACCAGGAUGUGCCCCUAGAACAACCACAUGUAGAUACCGGAGGUGUCGUAUGACAGCUGUUUUUAUAUACUGCCUGGUACUAGCUCGAUGCUAAUACAACUAAAUUCAGACCCAGUGGACAAUGUGUCACUCUGUCAGUUCGUGACAAACCACCAUCUGGAAUUAGAAAAGAUCUGGGGAUGGAUUUUUGUAUUUGUUCUUCUUUGUAAAGCACAGUGGACAUUUCUUGCUCUUAGCCUGAGAUUAGACAUGUUUGAAAGCUAUUUGAAUGUAUACCUUUCAUUUUAAUUUCAUUAAGUGAGCACUCGUUAUUUUUACUACCACGUAUGUCAAUGAAGUUCACUUAAACUCUGGAUUUGGUUUGCGGAUUAAUAUUGGGAAAUAUCAUUUGAAAGCCUCUUGAGUUGUACGAAUUUUGCUCACUGUGUUGACUAUUGUAUUUGCCGUGUCCAUUCUGAUUCAGGUUUACCCCUCAUUUACAUCUGUUGACUUUUAGCAGCAGUCUUCAAGGAUCUUUUCCCUACUCUGUUUGCCAUUUUUCAGUGAGGAGUUCCUUCAGUACUAACGGCCGGGGACAGGGCAGUGCCCUUUUCCAACUCUCUUAAUGCAGGUGGGAAAGUUUGGAGAAGGACCGAGGAGCAGCAAUAGGUUUAUUUUUGUGACUGGCAGUCGGAAAUUAAUGGGAAAUGCAAGGGGUACUUUGCAGAGGAAAAAUGCCUCAAUUAAAACAGCUGUAUUUAUACAAAUGCUUUGUGGUCAACACAUUUUAUUAUCCAAACUAGAAUUCCAAAAUUAGUACUGAUAUGCACAGAAAGAAAAUUGCUUAGGAAAUAGCUGAAGAUUAAAAUCAUUCUGUUUUUCGAGAACAAAAAUAAAGAGAAUGAUGCUUCAAUGUA